AAAAGAAGAGGAAAUUAAGGAAGAAGCGGCGCUCAUCCAUAGACAUAAUGCGCUCAUCGCCCUAUGCUCAUCGCUCAUCUCUCAUCCAUUCAUCCUAUGAUCUCAUCACUAGCUUGAUGUUGUCACGUGACCAUGUCUGUGUCAGCAGCUAAUCGAUGAAGCAGUUUCGGUGGAGGCAGCAGCCUCAUAUUUAUUUCAGUUCCUCUCUGGAAAACAUCUCAUCUAUGCUCUUCAUCACGGUGCGGGAUUAACGAAGAACAUACGCUUGAGAUGACAUUGAACACUGAACACAACUCUCUGUAACUGUAUGGACCCUGUGGAGGUGUUUACACCGUUUCCCCCUCAAUGGUGGUGGAUCUGACUGACAGCACAAGUGUGUUUACCUCUACGUUUACCCUAUGGUGUCCCUGUAAGUUUAUCUGAGGGUGUGUGAGAAAAGCAAGCGUCAUGUCCAGGGCGGACAGGGCUGUUAACAGUGAAGUGGGCGAUUGGGGCUACAGUGAGGAUGCUGGAGAAAGGGCAUGGCUUCUGCAGAGUCCCAGCGUGGACUCCAUCCAACUGCCUAACCAAUCAGAGGAACGAAGGGAAGGGACAUCUACAUUAGGGGCUGUUUUUAUUGUGGUGAAUGCUGCUCUGGGAGCCGGACUUCUCAAUUUUCCUGCUGCUUUCAACAUGGCUGGUGGCGUCACAGCCGGAGUGACCCUUCAAAUGUGCAUGAUGGUCUUCAUCAUCACUGGGCUGGUGAUCUUGGCUUAUUGUUCUCAGGUGAGCAAUGAAACAACGUAUCAGGAGGUGAUUCGUGCUGUGUGUGGGAAGGUUCUCGGUGUCAUAUGUGAGCUGGCCAUCGCUGUUUACACCUUUGGCACCUGCAUAGCCUUCCUUAUUAUUAUUGGAGAUCAGUUGGACAAGUUGAUUGGUGCUAUAAAUCACGAGUCAGAAACGGCGAUUAUUUCGCACUGGUACACAGAUCGCAAGUUCACCAUCACUUUGACCUCCGUGCUGAUCAUUCUUCCUCUGUCCAUACCCAAAGAGAUUGGCUUCCAGAAGUAUGCCAGUACCUUGAGUGUUAUCGGCACCUGGUAUGUGACAAUCAUAGUCAUCAUCAAAUACAUUUGGCCUGACAAAGAAGUUUCUCCAGGAAUCAUCCCGGUCAGUCCUGCAUCCUGGACCGAUGUGUUAAAUGCCUUGCCUACAAUCUGCUUUGGUUUUCAGUGUCACGUCAGCAGCGUUCCUGUUUUCAACAGCAUGAAGAAGCCAGAAAUCCGGCCUUGGUGGGCAGUUGUUACAGUCAGCAUGAUCAUCUGCCUCUUUGUGUAUACAGGCACGGGCGUCUGUGGCUUCCUGUCAUUUGGCUCAAGCGUGAGCCAGGAUGUAUUAAUGUCAUAUCCAUCUAAUGAUGUUGCGGUGGCCAUUGCGCGAGCCUUCAUCAUCAUCUGUGUUGUUACCUCAUAUCCAAUUCUGCACUUUUGUGGAAGGGCAGUGCUGGAGGGUUUGUGGUUGCGUUUUAAAGGAGAGGAGGUGGAGACAGAUGUGGCUAAGGAACAGAGACGGAGGAUAUUGCAGACGCUCGUCUGGUUUUGUCUCACUCUAAUUCUUGCUCUCUUCAUUCCUGAUAUUGGACGAGUCAUUUCACUAAUUGGUGGUUUGGCUGCGUGCUUCAUUUUUGUUUUUCCAGGGUUGUGUUUGAUUCAGGCAAAGCUUUCAGAGCAUGAUUUCAGAUCACUCAGUUGGAAAGCAAUGGUGGCCUAUGGAGUCAUCAUGGUUACAAUUGGCGCGUUCAUCUUUGGCCAGACUACCACGAAUGCUAUCUACAAAGAUAUCAUGAGCAGCCCAUAGGAAGGGGGAAUGGGGUGACCUCACCAAUAUUGGGCUAUGAACCAAUAGAGAUAUUUAAAACACGGGAAUGACUGUCCAAAAAUCAUGUCUACCACUGACCUCUAUUACCUAUUCAGGAGACUGUUUUAAAUGUCUAAUAUUGCAAUUUAGCAUGCACUCCCACAGAAACCUGUACCUCGUGAUGUAGUGGAUCAACCACCAGCAUGCAACAUCAAACUCUCUGCGCUGGUUGUCUGUGAAUGGAGGACGCCUGGAAAGGAUGCGAUACUUCUCUAUUCUGAAUGGACAUGGACAUUUGGUUAAAUGCUCCUAAGUUAGAUCUUCCAAAUAUAAUCUAUUUCUUUUGAAAUGUAAAUUUGUCCCCUUUCUCUUCUUUUUAAGUUUUAUAUUUUUUUUAAUAAACUGAUUUUUUUUGAUGGCCUUAUAUACUUGACAUUGUUAAUAUGGUCUAUGUUCAUAAUGUUUACCCUUAAAAUCUUAUUGCAAACUUGUUUUUCUCGAUGAUUUGCACUGCCAAACAUGUAAUUCUAUAGUUCCAAAAAAUCUGGGAAGACUAAUAGUGUGUGUCGCGUGCGUGUAUAUAUACACCGCUUUAGACUGAAAAUGACAAUUUAAGAUUUUUUUUUUUUUUUUGAGUAUUCUUGAAAAGUUUUUAUUUUUAAUUUGAUGCAUUGUUGUUGUUUUAGCUAGAUUUUCUAAAUGUGCUUUUCAUAAAAAAGAUGUAUUGGCCAAGGAUGCAACAAUCUCUGGUUUUGUAAUUUCACUGAUACUUGAAUGAGUGUAAAGAAGACUAAAUGGUUAACUUGAACAGUAUUCAUUUGCAUUUAAUUUUGUUUUAGGGUGGAAUCAUUAGUAUUGAAAAUGAGCAUUUGAAUCAUUCUCCAAAGAGUUAAAUUGUGUAAGUCACAUUGGUGUGCUGGUUUCUUCUUUUGCACCACAUGAUGCAGUUGUCAAUUGUGUGUGGAUAUUAGCAAAAUUCUUAUGUCAUACCUCAUAGAUUUAAUCAGUAACACUAGCAUGCAUGUUUGCCUUUUCCUCAAUCAUUUAUUAUUGUAUGUUUACAGUUUCAGUGCAAUCACUAAAGGGAUGUUCCACAUUA